AUGUCGUUAGAUCUAAGUUUUUUCGAAAGUGUAGAUUCUGCAAUGGAAGUAGAAACAGUUCGAGAAUAUGACAAAACUUGUCGUAAUCUUAUUGCAGUUUUGAAUAGAGUUCAUUCCGUUCACUUUGAAGAAGUUGCCCAAUCGGUGAUUGAUAGAAUUGGAGAAGUGAAACAACACUUAGAAAACUUAUCUCAAAUAGUUCCAUAUCAACAAUAUUAUAGUGACCUUUGGACAAGAACUGUUCAAUCAUCACUUUUCAUUGUAUCAUUUGCAUUUUAUCUUUCAACUGAAAGAUUAAUUACAACAAAUGAAAUUGAAUCAUUGUUUGGUGACUUUCAUAUAUCUAUUGAAGAAUGUCUUCACGGUUAUGUCACGUUGACUAGCGAAUUGUCACGACUUGCUAUUAACUCAGUAACAGCAGGAGAUUACGAUAGACCUUUAAGAAUUUCCAAAUUUGUAAAAGAAUUAUAUUCAGGAUUUCAAUUAUUGAAUUUGAGAAAUGAUUUAUUGAGAAAAAGAUUUGAUGGAAUUAAGUAUAACAUUAAGAAAAUUGAAGAAGUUGUGUAUGAUAUUUCUCUAAGAAAAUUAUCCUCAAGCAGUAAAUCGGAUAGUGUAAAUUUUACUGGUGGCGAUGAUGAUUUAUGA